AGGUGCGUUCGUGAUGUCACAACCCUAGUUACUGGAGCUCGAGGGAGAAAGAUUUAUUCAACGCAAGUUUGCUUUUUAUGCGCAUUAAGUAUAGGUAAAGCCUCUCUAAAACGUUGUUUUAUACUUGUGUUUUUAUUAUUUAACUUCGACUUGAUUUACUUGGCCAUUUAGACGUUUUACACGAUUAUAAACUAGUAGAGGUGGAGGGAAGGAUAGAAAAUGGGUAAAAACCUAAAGGAAGAGAACUCGGAGUCGUCAGAAUAUGGGGAACCUGCUCAGUAUGACCCCACCUUCAAUGGACCCAUUCAGAAAAGAGGUUGCACUGACAUCAUCUGCUGUGUUCUCUUCAUUGUCGUCAUCCUUGGCUACAUGGCGGUGGGGAUUUUGGCCUGGCUUUAUGGUGAUCCCCGACAUGUCCUCUACCCACGGAACUCUACCGGAAUGUUCUGUGGCAUCGGGCUCAAUAAAGCUCAACCCAGUGUGUUCUACUUUGACAUACUGAAAUGUGUCACAUCAAUCAACAUCAUGGCCGCCACCCUUAAUGGGUUACAGUGCCCCACCACACAGGUGUGUGUGGAAAAGUGCCCAGAUGUGUUCUGGGCUCUCAAUCCUAUUGCCUACUUACCGAAUGCCAAGCCACAAGACUACUUCAACCAAUCACUCUGCGUGUCAUCCUUUGAUCUAGCAAGAACUACACUGAAAGUUAAGGAAAUUGUGGAUCAAGAGCUGUGUCCGUUCUUCUACACUCCUACAAUCUCUGUGCUGGGAAGAUGCGUACCUGAUGUUACAGCUCUGAAAAAUAUUCCUAAUGACUUUGCCAAUACGUCGGGCUUGCCAUCAAGCAUCAAUGAUACAGUCAAUGGCAUCGGGAAUGCAAAAGGUGACAUGGUAAACAGCUUCAAAGCCAAGGAGAUUGGAGUGAGAAUCUUUGAGGACUUUGCGUCAUCAUGGCAGUGGAUCAUCGCUGCACUGGUCAUAGCCAUGGUGGUCAGUUUUCUGUUCCUCCUUCUGUUGCGGUUUAUCGCCCCUGUUAUGGUCUGGGUUCUUAUAUUUGGAGUGUUGGCAGUAGGUGCCUAUGGCAUAUAUCACUGCUGGUGGGAGUAUGACAACUACAGAAAGUCGACUGUCUCCAUCACUGACAUAGGCUUCACCACCGACUUCAAGGUCUACUUUCAGGUCAAGGAGACCUGGCUGGCCUUCUUGAUAAUCCUGUCUGUGGUAGAGGGCAUUCUUCUCCUGACCUUGAUCUUUUUGCGAACCAGAAUCCUCAUCGCAAUUGCUCUCAUCCAGGAGUCCAGCAAGGCUGUCAGUCACAUAAUGUCUACGCUGUUCUAUCCUCUCAUCACCUUUGUUCUCCUGGUGGUGUGUGUGGCCUAUUGUGGCAUCACUGCUCUGUAUCUGGCCACUUCAGGUACUCCAGUGUACAAAGUGGUGGCUCUCAACUCUACUCAGGAUAACUGUGGCCAAAUCAGCGGCAAUGAGACCUGUGACCCACAGACAUUCUACAACUCUACAGACUACUCGUGGUGCCGAUCGGCGCGCUGCAUCUUCAUCAAGUACAACAACGAGGGCCUGCUGCAGAGGAACCUGUUCUACCUGCAGAUCUACAACGUGGUGGCCUUCCUGUGGUGCAUCAACUUUGUCAUCGCCAUGGGCCAGUGCAGCCUGGCUGGGGCCUUCGCCUCCUACUACUGGGCCUUAAACAAGCCCUCGGACAUCCCCACCUUCCCCCUUUCCCAGGCCUUCAUCCGCACAAUACGGUACCAUGUUGGCUCCCUGGCAUUUGGUGCUCUGAUCCUCACCCUCAUCCAGAUAAUCCGGAUCAUCCUGGAGUACCUGGACCACAAGACCGGAGCGGCUCAAAACCCCUGUUCUCGGUUCCUCAUGUGCUGUCUGAAGUGUUGCUUCUGGUGUCUGGAGAAGUUCAUCAAGUUCCUCAAUAGAAACGCCUACAUCAUGAUUGCCGUAUAUGGAAAAAACUUCUGUGUCUCCGCUAAAAACGCAUUCAUGCUUCUAAUGAGGAACAUUGUCAGGGUGGUGGUGCUAGAUAAAGUGACGGACCUGCUGCUGUUCUUUGGGAAGAUGCUAGUGGUGGGAGGAGUAGGUGUCCUGGCCUUCUUUUUCUUCUCUGGCAGAAUAAGACUACCAGGCAGCAAUUUCCGUACUGAAAUGCUCAACUAUUACUGGAUGCCCAUUAUUGGGGUUGUGGUGGGAGCAUACCUCAUUGCUCAUGGAUUCUUCAGUGUGUACAGCAUGUGUGUGGACACACUUUUCCUCUGCUUCUUGGAGGACUUGGAGCGACAUGACGGAACGAUGCAGAAGCCAUAUUACAUGUCCAAGAACCUGAUGAAAAUCCUCAAUAAAAAGAACAGGGGACCUAAAAAUGGCAAAGGAAAGGAUUGAUGAAAUAGUGCCUUUAGACAAAUUAGAGCCACAGUUACUUUCAAUAUCCUAGAAACAUAACAACAUCUGAGAAAUGUGACCUUUUUUCUUUCAGCCUUAUCACUCCUUCUGUUUUCCCCCUUCUGACAUGUCAAAGUUGACCCAUAAUGGAUCACUUUUUUGCAUUUUCAACUUGAGAUUACAUGUAUGUGUCCACGCUUAUGAGUGUGAUUAGAUAUUUUCUUAAAUUCCAGCUACUACUCCUAACUUACCAAAACUCUAACCAAAACCAAAUGUUUAUUCUCUCCCAGUGCUUAUUUGUUUUCAGAAAAUAUACCUUUUUCUCAAGUGAGCAAAUUAUUUAUUAGAUAUAGAAAUCGUCGCCAUAACUGUUUUAAAUACUUUUUAUGAUCCUCAGUACUCUGUAUAUUGUUUCAGUUUAAGGUCUCUGUUAGUUUAUUUGUUAAAGUAACACUCAGUUUUAUGAUUCUAUAUUUUUUUUAGAUGUUAUGUAAUAUUGUAGAUAUUUUUUUAACAUUUUAUUGUAAUUAUGAUUAUAUCUAACACUUUAUUAAAAUGUUUUCCCAUGCUGA